AUGUACCAAAAGUCACCUCAGGCGACUCUCUGUGUGCUUGGUCGGUGCUGGCAUGAUCCCGAGGACAUCCCCCCGCAGGCAGCUCUCGCCGACCCCCUUCUCAGACCGCUAAAACAAGGCGAAGUCGGAAUCUCGUAUAUAUCUCACCAUGAAGCACGCGAAAUCAUCGACGAAUCCGAAGUCGUACUCAUUGACCGCGGUUUGCGGCCUGGAGAUUAUUGCAAGCGCUCGGUCGACGAUCUCCGCUCUGGUGUAGUCACUGGCGUUAAGGUCAAGGCCCGAGUUGCCCAUGUCAUCAACGGCGUCCCAGUCGAUGGUUGGAAAACGACAGAAGAUCUCGUUGAAAAACAGGGUGCUGAAGUGGGGGACUAUGUUGUCUACGAGGAUUGGAUUGGCCAGGUCUUCGACGAGUCUAUCAUCGAGGUCGCAAACGGUCGAUUGGUACGACUUCCAGAACUCGGUUCACGAUUGGCUACUGGCGACGUAGGCACAGAUAUCUUACCCCCAGCACCAGUCGCCAACAAUGUCUCCAGUGCAAUCCGCUCUCUCUUCGGUGGACAGAACAAUGGUGUAGACAGGGUCAUCCACGCCAAGCACACCGGAUAUGCCGUCGCAUGGCUAGCGCUCAACCAGACUUUGGAUGUCGACGACGCCGCAAACCGUACAAGGCCCCCUCGCUUCUGGGUUGGUUCGGAUAUCAGCAAAUUGACUCUGGUUAGGGGCAAAGCGGACGCGGAAAUGAGGGUUGGGGACAGAGUCAACUUGAAGAAUACAGAGGACCUUCCAAUGACUGAGCACGGCAACGAGAAAGAGCCUGCCGGGAUAGUCCACGUUCAAACCUUCAAAGUCACUGACACCGAAACAACGAUUGACAUUUUGUGGCAGGACGGCGAGAAGGAGACGGUUAGGUCGGUCGAUGUGAUACCUUACGUCAGUCCAGAUGAAUACGAUUGCUGGCCGGGCGACCAUGUACUCUGGAAGGCUGAAGGUCAACAGCGCUUCGCCGUCGUACAAAGCGUCAACCCCGCAGAGAGGACAGCCAACCUCGUCUUCGAGGACAAGACUCAAGAGCUAGUUUCUGUCUUGGAGUUGGAUCCCAAUGGAAACACAGAUCCAUUCGCGAAUCAAGCCCCUCAUGAUGCGCUCGGGGUUCGAAGAGGUGACUUCGUUUUCAUCCAUCCUGAAGGGAAGACGAAUGGGAUGACGCCUCCUAAGGUGCCGCAUAUCGGUGAAUUAGAACCGUGGGUUCGCGAAAUACCCAUCAUGGACGGCCAAUACGUUGGCUGGAGGAAGGAUUUCGCUAAGCUGGGGAAUGCGGCUGCAGCCGCACGAGCCUCGUCUGAACUGUUUGACUCGUCAAUCAAACGUCCUGUGAAAGGGGACGAAAGCCUUUAUUGGAUUGGAGAAGUGUCAGAUCUCAGGUUGGAUGGCACAGUCGAGGUGACACAUCCUGAUUGGACGACACGGAUUUACCCCCUCGAACGACUUACCCGCCUUUAUGAUGGAAUGGACCAGCUGGAAGAUGAUCCUUGGGCAGACUCGAUGAGUAUGGAAGAUGAAUAUGAAGCAGGAUACGAGGCAGGGUAUGGGCCCGCGUAUGGGGACUAUUACGUCGACGAGUUAGGAGGCGAGUGGACAGUGGAUGAAGAAGGCCAGUGGCAAGAGGAGGGCGAGUUCGAGCAUGAUCAUUGGGAACACGACGGGGUCGUUGAAGGAGGUCAUUUUCACCCUUGCACUUGUCGGCACCAUCCAGAAGACGGCGAGUCACAAGAAAUGGACUCGCCCGAACCUGAAAGCAUUGCAAGGCGCCCGCCACCCGAGUUGGAAACAUCGCUUUUACCGACACCUGAUUCCUUCGAGAAGCAAAACACCCCAAGCCCUUCGGAUAUUGCUCUUCCUCCAUUGGAGGAGGGCUCAGUUCAGUCACCUUCUGUCAGCGUGACGGCCAACAUUCCAAAGGAAGCCGAGGAGUGGAAGCGAUUCGAUAUCCUAGAAUCUGCGCCCGCAGACCACGCAUUCUAUUCUACUACCCCAGCGCAGCCCUCCAAAACGUUCUUGGGUCGACUGUCGAAGGAAUACAAAGCCCUUUCAUCCAGCCUACCUGAUUCGAUCAUCGUUCGAGCCUACGAAGACCGCGCAGAUCUUCUCCGUUCUUUAAUCAUCGGCCCUGAAAAUACGCCGUAUCAGGAUGCUCCGUUCGUAAUCGAUUGGAUGCUCGAUUCCAACUUCCCUCACAUAAACCCUAACCUGUACGAGGAUGGCAAAGUUUGCUUGUCUAUUUUAGGGACUUGGGUCGGGGAUCAGAGUGAAACAUGGAGUGCCGCCCGUUCCUCCCUCCUUCAAGCGUUUGUUUCAAUUCAGGGCCUCGUCUUAGUGAAGGAGCCGUGGUUCUGCGAGCCAGCGUAUGACAAACUGCGCGGCACCGAAGAGGGUAUUGUGAAUAGGUGCGCAUUUAUUCCUACCCCAUUGCCGAAGUUCUCACUCGCCUCUACAGCCGACUCUACAACGAGAAGGCAUACGUCCUAUCGCGAGGUUUCAUUCGUCGUGCGCUCGAGAUCCUCCCCGGAAGUCUAG